UUCAUUUCUGCCAAGGUUUUAAGGCAACUUGGGAGGUACGGUUUAAGUUUAGGUAGGCCUAAGAGGUACCUAAGUCUACUACCUAAGUCUUUCAAGAUUAGCUACAAUUUACAAUUUACAAUUACAAUUACCUCCUCAACUUUACCUCUUCCGCAUUCCAUCUCCGACAAGACGUGCACCUAAUAACAUAUUCUUUCACUUCACAACGCGCGACGUCCUUUCGCUUUUCGAUUCUUCCUAAUUCGUGUCCUUCUUCAAUCAACAUAUUCAAUUCCGAUCCCGCCGACCGUCCAAUCAACCGACGAAGCACACCCUACCUGCACUGCAACGGUUUAGGCGCAUCACAUCAUCAACUCGAGUUGCCCCUUUCUUGUUUUGUUUUCUUGGAUCGUACCACGCUUUUCCUACGCCUUAUACCGUGUUAUUAGUUCUGCGACAAAGUCAAGAUGCCGUCGCUCUGCGGAUUAGGAGGAUCAAAGACAGUACAGCGUAAGCUGGUUCUUUUGGGAGACGGUGCUUGCGGAAAGACAUCUUUACUGAACGUCUUCACGCGAGGAUAUUUCCCGACAGUUUAUGAGCCUACGGUCUUCGAAAACUACGUUCACGAUAUUUUUGUGGAUAACGUGCACAUCGAAUUAUCAUUAUGGGAUACAGCCGGACAAGAAGAAUUCGACCGCUUACGAAGUCUCUCCUACGAUAACACAGACGUAGUUGUGCUCUGUUUCAGCGUCGAUAGUAAAGACUCGCUAGAAAACGUGGAGAGCAAAUGGGUUGGCGAGAUUCAGGAGAACUGUCCUGGUGUGAAGCUGGUCUUAGUGGCCCUCAAGUGCGAUCUGCGAGAGAACAACGAGGAAGAAGACGACGCUGCUGCGAGCGGAACAGACGGUCCCCAAAGAGAAAAGAAGCCCAUGAUCGACUACAACCAAGGCCUAGAUGUUGCGCGGCGCAUUAAGGCUAUGCGCUACCUCGAGUGCUCAGCCAUGAGGAAUCGAGGCGUCAACGAGGCAUUCACCGAGGCUGCUCGAGUGGCUCUAAGCGUCAAACCAAGCGGCGAGGGUGAUUCGAAGUGUGCUGUCAUGUAAGAUCAGUACGAAUCCGUGCCACCCGACUCGAUACGAAUUUCUUUCUACAGGCCCUGGACAAGCGCAGGAGUUUGGGAUUACGAGAAUAUCCCUAUUUUUUUUAUUUUUAUUUUUUUUUUU